GUGUCAUUGUUCUGGACCCCCCAAGUGUCAGUUUGUGAUUGUUCUGGGACCCCCAAGUGCCAGGGUGUCAUUGUUCUGGGACCCCCAAGUGCCAGGGUGUCAUUGUUCUGGGCCCCCCAAAUGUCAGGGUGUCAUUAUUCUGGGACCCCCCAAGUGUCAGGUGUGUCAUUGUUCCGGGACCCCCCAAGUGUCAGUGUGUCAUUGUUCCGGGACCCCCAAGUGUCAGGGUGUCAUUGUUCUGGACCCCCAAGUGUCAGUGUGUCAUUGUUCUGGAACCCCCAAGUGCCAGGGUGUCAUUGUUCUGGGCCCCCCAAAUGUCAGGGUGUCAUUAUUCUGGGACCCCCAAGUGUCAGGGUGUCAUUGUUCCGGGACCCCCAAGUGUCAGUGUGUCAUUGUUCCGGGACCCCCAAGUGUCAGGGUGUCAUUGUUCCGGGACCCCCAAGUGUCAGUGUGUCAUUGUUCUGGAACCCCCAAGUGCCAGGGUGUCAU